AUGGGUGCAACACCACGCUGGAUCAGCGCACCUUGCUCACGCCGCUUGCAGCCGGAUGCUGCGAGGCGACGGGCGGGAGGCGGCGUUACGCAAAGUGCUGCAGAGGCGGGGGCGGACUUCCCGGAGCGCGUGCUGGCCUUCCCAGGAGGUCGACACGCGCCUCUCCGCAAAACACCGCCGUCACCCACCGCCGUCUGCGCCGGGGGAAGCACUCCGGCAGGGCCGUGCCGUGGCCCACGCACGCACCAGCCGCCUCCGCCUCCGCCGCCGCCGCCAGGCGCCAACUCCUCCAGUCACGACGGCGCGCAGCUGCGCCGCAAACCGGUCGCGCGGCCGCCGCCUCCGGCCACUGCUCACUCCGCGCCCGCCCCAAUCAAUUCCGGCCGCUUCGCCAGCCGGGGCACCGGCCCGCCCCCAACUACUUCGCACCUCGACGCGUCCUCCCCGUGGCCUCCUCAGCAAGCCUACUCACUGCCAUGUGACUUCACCUUCUGCACUGUUGAAGUACGCCGUGAAUUGUUCACGAAUUCCCUUUGA